UUUGUGUCAACAUUUCUUUUUCUCUUACAUUUUGCCCUUAUUUGUGGCUGGUGCUGGUUUCUCAGCCAGGGCUUGUGGUGGAAGCGCUGAAUGCACAGAGUGGAAGCAAUUGACAGUAGCACGAGCUGGAGUAAUACAUAGAUCUCUUUUCUGAGUGCUAUUCCUUUCUAUACCUGAUCCCUUCACUGUGCUUCCCUGCUAGAAGGCAGAUCGUUUGACCUAAGCAGAUUAAACGCAUGAACGACGCAGCCAGCUAUCUGUGCUUUUCAAGGAAGAGAUUUAGGUCCAAAAUAGGACACUAAGCUUUUCAGCCUUAUGCCUAUUUACCUAGUCAGCAUGCCGCAGCAUCUCAGGGUGCUUAGUCGCCUCCUGAGGAAUCAACUGGGAAACCAAAGCAGAAGUGGCAGCCCCUGCAAAUGUAAGAGCUUUAGAGAGAAUGCUCGCUAAUAAUGGCCUGUGAGACCCCGGUUUCCUUGGUUUCCAUGACAGCUAUUAGGUAUCAUAGAAAUUGAAUUGCUCACUGCUUCUGGGGGAGUGAAAGGGUGCACAAAUGACAGAGUAUAUUACUUAGAACUUACCGUUCUCAUCGCUUUGCCAGCAACAUUGGAAUAUACUGUGAUUUUUCUUACGAAAACUGGGUGGCAUUUGCUUUUCUUUAAGGAAUCUCCUGCUUUAAUGAAUUCAGUUGUUUCCAGCGGUCUAUAUAUUUUUUUUAUUAUUAUUUUUUAGAAUUAAGCUUUGGAAAUCAAGGCUAUGAACUAUUACACAGAUGGGCUACAAAGGAGGAGUGAAGAAUUAAGGCAUCCAAUCUGGUGUUGGCCACCUGCAGCAUCCACAUUAUGCCCCUGCAACAAAUCUCUGUAGUCCCUGCACAGGAGAGCACUGGCAAUGGGAGAAGUUCAUUGGGAAAGAAUAAAGAAAAGAGAAAAGAAAGAGAGAAUGGCAAAUCUCCGGGGUGCUCAGCAAGUCGAUCAAACAAUAUAUCAAAGGCUAGAAGUACAGCAACAGGCACUACACCAAGAAGCCAUUCACAGUCAUCAGUAUGCCCAUCAACUCAGGAUAUUUGUAGAAUCUGUCAUUGUGAGGGAGAUGAAGAGAAUCCCCUCAUUACUCCAUGUCUAUGCACUGGUACUCUGAGAUUUGUACAUCAGACAUGCCUACAUCAGUGGAUCAAAAGCUCAGACACGCGAUGCUGUGAACUCUGCAAGUAUGAUUUUGUAAUGGAAACCAAGCUCAAGCCACUAAGAAAGUGGGAAAAACUGCAGAUGACAAAAAGUGAAAAAAGCAAGAUAGUGUGCUCGGUUACAUUUCACAUUAUUGCUUUAACGUGUGUAAUGUGGUCACUGUAUGUGCUCAUAGAUCGUACGGCAGAAGAAAUCAAGCAAGGCAGUGAGAAUGGUGUCCUUGAAUGGCCUUUCUGGACAAAGUUAAUGGUUGUGGCUAUUGGAUUUACGGGAGGCUUGAUCUUUAUGUAUGUUCAGUGCAAAGUCUACAUUCAGUUGUGGAGAAGACUUAAAGCUUACAACAGGGUUAUUUUCGUCCAGAACUGCCCUAACAAAUCGAAAAAGUUAGAAGACAGAGACUAUACAAGCAACCAGAACUCAAACCUUAAGGAGUCUGUAGCUGUUCCUGUUUUACAGACAUCAACAAUCAUGCAGUCAUGCUCCGCUGCAGAUGCACCUGAAAGUAUGGCUGUGUGAC